CCAGUCUCUCAACAGCGAUGUCGCGACUAAUCAAACUAUUGCUUCUUGCUCAAGUCAGCCUUUCCACGUGCCUCGCAGCAUGGGCUCCGUUGAAUCCGGAGGAAACGCUUUACGUGUACACGAGCUGCUUCGACGAGUGGGCCCCCAAGGAUGGCACUCAGCGAAAAGCCGUGGCCGAGACGUGGUUCAAAGCGUGGGACCUUAAGCCGGACAAUCCCGGGACGCACUGUUUCGCCAAGUGCGUCCUCGAAGGAGUCGGGCUUUACGACGGGAAGACCAACACGAUGGCGGUGAGCCGGAUUGUUGAGCAGCAAAAGGCUUUUGAGAAGUUUAACUCUUAUGGGCCCAAAGAAGUUAGCGAUUUGACAAGUGCUUUAAGUCCAAUAAAACCUUCUCCAGAUUGUGCCCAAUUGUACAAAGCGUACACACCGGUAUUUGAAAAGUUUAAAAAGACCAUUCGUUCGUUGUACCAUGGUCACAAGGAAGUUACGGAGAAAAUCUACAAAAGUUUGGGUUCAAAUAUCAAACAAAAAGAUGAAACUUAUGCAACAUUUUGUGCGAAAAAGCACUUGGCUAAAGCAACGAAACUUCGCCAUUGUAACAUAAGACAGUUUUCCAUGAACGUUAAACCUGAUGACGAUUUGAAAAAGUAUAUCGACUGCCUCUUCAAAGGAUAUCGCUACAUUUCGACGGAUGGAAAUUUUUACGCACCAAAACUCCUCCAUGAUUUUCACAAAAUUGGCAAAACUAAAAGUGACUCAAAAGUCGAAACUGUCCUAAUGGGAUGUAAAGACACCUCGGCCAUCGGAUAUCACUACUGCCUGUUGGCCAGUAACGUGGAAGACGAGUACGGAAAAGCGCUACAAUAUCGCGAAAUUCGAUCAGGAAACUACAAAUCGGUCAUCGAAGGGGACAAGUACGACGAAAAGAAGGUGGAAAAGCAGUUUAAGGAAAUUUUGGCGAAAGUUUGCCCCACCAAGGAGGAGAUGCAAAAGAUUAUGAAGAAUUUAGAGGGGAAAAAGGAUGACUAUUUAACGCUGGGAGGGGGAGAGAUUUUAAAGUCGUGAAGCUACAGAAGACCAUGACAGUUACAAAUGUCGUGAGGUUUUUGCUACAUCUCAGGCUUUUUUAACA